UAUUUUCUCCAUCUCUCCUAUAUACUUAAAUAUCUCUUAAUACUCAAAUCAAGUCUCAUUAGUACUUAUCAAUGGCUUUUUCUAUCCCUUUUGUUUCUAAAACCAAUCAUAAAACAUUUUCUCUAAACAAACACUCAACUAAUCUAGCUAUCAAGCUAUAUGUACCCAUACAAGCCAAUCGUAGUUUCUACAAUAAAACCAAUUUUACAUUUGCUAAGCAAAUUCAUAUUUCUAAAAUUGGAAAAAGCAAGGAAGCUCUUCAUAUAAGACAUGCUAAAGCAUUGGAUGAACUUAAGAAGGAAUUUAUUGGGAAGAUAGGAAAAAAUAUGGAUGAAUGUUUAUCUAUGGUGGAUUCCAUUCAAAGAUUAGGCAUUGAAUACCAUUUUGAAGAUGAAAUUGAAACAACUCUUCAAAGGAAGCAUAUGAUGCAUAGAUUUGAGAGUAUUCAAGGAUAUAAUUAUCAAGAACUUUCACAAGUUGCAUUUCAAUUUCGUAUGUUAAGACAAGAAGGGUAUUACAUUUCCCCAGACAUAUUCAAUAAAUUUUGUGACAACAAGGGCAAACUCAAGGAUACAUAUUGUGAAGAUAUAGAUGGGUUAAUUGCCUUGUUUGAAGCUUCUCAAUUAAGCAUAGAAGGAGAAGAUUCUCUUGACAAUGCAGGACAUUUUUGUCGCAAAUAUCUUAAUGCUUGGUCUUCAACAUUUCAUGACCACCCACAAGUUAAAGAUGUAGCACACACCAUGAUGUGUCCUAUUCAUAAAACUUUGUCAAGAUUCACACCAACAAUAAUUCAAUCACAAAAUGUAGCAUGGACAAAUUCUUUACAACAAUUUUCUGAAAUAGACACUCAAAUGGUUUCCUCUUUACAUAUCAAGGAAAUUUUUGAAGUUUCCAAAUGGUGGAAAGAGUUGGGUUUGGCAAAAGAAUUGGAAUUUGCUAGAGAUGAACCAAUUAAGUGGUACAUGUGGCCUAUGGCAUGUCUUCCAGAUCCACAGUUCUCAGAAGAAAGGGUUGAGAUUACAAAGCCUUUGUCCCUAAUCUACAUCAUUGAUGAUUUAUUUGAUUUUUAUGGAAACAUUGAUGAACUCACUCUCUUUACAGAUGCUGUUAAAAGAUGGGACUUGGAAGCAAUUGAGCAAUUACCGGAGUGCAUGAAAGUAUGUUACAAGGCACUUUAUGAUACAACUAAUGAAUUUGCACUUAGGACUUACAUCAAACAUGGAUGGAAUCCUUUAACCUCCUUAAUCAAAUCGUGGGUAAGACUCUUGGAUGCUUUUCUACAAGAAGCAAAAUGGUUUGGUUCUGGGCAUGUUCCAAAGUCAGAGGAAUAUUUGAAGAAUGCGAUAGUGAGCACUGGGGUACAUGUGAUACUUAUGCAUGCUUUCUUUGUUAUGGGUGAAGGUAUAACUAACAAAACCGUGUCUCUAAUGGAUGAUGUCCCAACCAUUGUAUCUAUAUGCGCCACAAUUCUACGCUUGUGUGAUGACUUGGAAGGUCACAAGGAUGUUAAUUGUGAUGGUAAUGAUGGAUCGUAUUUGGAGUGUUACAUGAAGGAUAACCCAAGAGUUUCAAUUGGACAAACUAGGGAUUAUAUGAGUGAACAAAUUUCAGAUGCAUGGAAACAACUGAACAAGGAAUGUUUGAACACAAAUCCAUUACCCUCAUCUUUUACUAAACUUUGUCUCAAUGCUGCAAGGAUGGUACCUAUAAUGUAUAGUUAUGAUGGCAACACUCCUUCAAAGCUAGAGACCUAUGUGAAAUCGUUGCUUUAUGAUGCUAGUUACGUACAAAAUGUUUCUUCAUAAAAAUAUUCCAUUUUAGUAAAUUAGAAAUUAGAAAUUAAAGAAUAAAAGAUAAGAAUAGCUCUGAAUUUGGCGAUAUUAUUAAGGGUUAAAUAUAUUUUUGGUUCUUAUAGUUUCACAGAAUUUUUGUUUUAGUCCCUAAAGUUUGUUUUCACAUUUUUUAGUCCUUAUAAAGUUUCUUUACUCAA